AGUGGGAAGCCUUCCCGUUUUUCUCCGUGCAGGAUACACAAGAUAUUCAGGAAAAUGAGCAUGACUGUGGUGACUCUCAGGUAUAAUCCCUAUGGCGUGAACCUGGUGAAGAAUGCUUGCGGACAAACUGGACCAAAAAAACAGCGGUUCAAGCAUUGGCAAAUCGAGCGCAAUGGAGGGGAUCAGUGGGGUGUGGAAUGUCCCCCAGUGGGAGCAGACCCCACACCAACUGAGGACCAGCACUGCUUUGCUACAUCCUAUGGGUUGUGUUCUAAGGUGCAAGUUAUAGACCUCUGUCGAGUUGGAGUUCCGCCAGAAGUGAUGGACCUGAUUAAGCCUCCAAUUCACAUCUCUGAAUGGCACGCUGCCAGGUUUGAUUGCGGAUGCACAUAUAGAAUGGACGUCACCUUGCUGAACCACAAGAGAGCACCACUGGCAUCUUUCUCUACUGGAAUAAUCGAGACAGAGCAGCGGAAGGGUCGUGAAUGGAAGCAGGUGCAACACGUGUUCAGCAACUAUCCCGAAGGUGUACGGUUCGUGAAAUUCUACCACAGUGGGAGAGACACACAGUCUUGGCGUGGCCGCUAUGGGGCAAAAAUGACGGAAGCUCGUGUUCGCAUUCGUAGUCUUCCGGAAAGCUCAUCGUGGCACCAGCAGUGCAGUACUUAAUCUCGCUAAGCCACCCGUAUGCUUCUUUUUCACUUGUAAAUAAUAGAUUUUUUUAAAGCAGCACUGCUUGCAAGUUCUGCCACAUGAUAGGUUGAAUGGUGCCUAAUUAUAUUUUUGCAGCUUCAAAGUAGUUGAGCAGUUGAACAUUGUUAUAACGAACACGGAUACAACGAAUUAUCGGUUAUAACGAAGUGAAUGCAAAGUUUGGUAGGUUUCUGCUUUAUUCAGUGGCAGUUCUACUUUUAUAACGAAACCAACAACGCAAAAUUCCACGCGAUAUCGGUUAUAACGUAGCAUAUUUGACCUUUCAUGUUGCUCAACCGCGUGCGCGAGCAUAAAAAGCAAAAAAAAAAGGAGAAAAGACCGUGCAACCAACGCGAACUAUCAGGCGUUCGGAGCUGUCGACAGACGACGCUAAUUGGCGCCGAUUGACCUUGCCAGAGAUAUCUUUCGAUGACUUUGUUUCCGGCGACGACAACUUCUUUGUGGCACCAGAGCUAACUGACCAAGAAAUCGUCGACCAGCUUGCGUUGCCGGGAGGUGACGAGAACAGCGCAGACGAAAUUGAAGAGCCGCCGUUAAGAAGCUGGGAGGCAGCGGACAUGGCCAGCAAACUGCGCAGCUAUCUUGGGAAGCUAACCACAGUCAAAACUACCGACGUCGAAAGAGUGUUGUGUUGCAUAGAUACGGUGUAAAAGCAGGGGCGGAUCCAGACCUCAUU